GCUGCAAAAGCAUUUAACGGACUUCUACGAACAAUGACACUAGGGGUGUCUCAGGACUAAACGCCACAGAGAUUGUGGGACUGCUGGAGCGUUCAAAGGAAAGCUGUCUGAUCAGGCUAAAAUCAUCUUAAAAGGGGCAUGUAAAAGCUUUGGCAUAAUGGGCAGGUGACACUGGCUAGAUGUUAAUGAGGAGGACUUACCGCAACAAAUUUACCAAAGUGGAAAAGGAUUAUUCUUUUAAAAAAAACACUACCGCUGGAAGUGAGGGCCAGUGAAGCAGGAGAAGCUGGUUGCCACGGAAUGCAUAUUGACAGUUGUCUCUAAGGACUAAAGAGAGAGACUUGAUAAACAGCCGGACAAUAAAAUUCUUCCAAAGUAAUAUAGAGACUGAAUGCCUGUAGCCUGUCAAUCUGAGUGGAGGUUGGCAAGUGAGCAGGGAUGGAUGUGUUUGGAGGAGCGCCACGGUUCCUGGCCUACCCUCGUCCUGUGGUAGUACAAAGUGGCACAGAUGCAGUUCUGAAAUGCCAGAUUGGCGGGGAUCCCAGACCAGCAGUUAUAUGGGAGAGAAACAAUGAGAAGAUUCAUGCAGAGGGCAGAUACCGGGUGUUUGAGGAUGGCAAUGUCUAUAACCUUAUCAUAACUUCUGUGACAAUGGAGGACAGCGGGCAAUACAUCUGCAAGGCCAAGAACUGCAUUGGAGAGACUUACGCAGCAGCCACUUUGAAAGUAGAAGGUGAAGCACAGGAGAUGGAAUUUCGGGAGGAAAACAAGCCCCGCUUCCUCAUCAAGCCCCUCUCGACUAGAGUUGGACGAGGAGAGGAUGCCGUGUUCUCCUGUAAGCUGUGGGGAAACCCUAGACCAGAAGUGAUGUGGGAGAAGGAUGGCAAGAAGUUGAAUGAGAUCUUUGAAAGCACACAUUUCGCCAUCAGCUAUCAGGAUGGAGGAUGGUUCCAACUAAAGAUUUUCAAGACAAGAGCACCAGAUGGAGGGGUGUACACAUGUAAGGCCAGGAAUGAAUUUGGAGAGAGUCUGGCAGGGGCUGUGCUGUUGGUGGAUGCUGGACCAGGACAUGAAGAUGAAGGGAACCGUAAUGGAUACACUAAUGGCCACUGGAAAGCACAUCAGGGAAAACAGAGAAGUGGUAGGCAGGUUGCGACAAGGCUGAAAGAUGACCCACUGCCAAACUCAGCCAAAGUGAAAAUGUUUGCAGUGACAGAAGGGAAACAUCGGGAACUUUCCUUUUUGGGCUCUUUCCAUCUUGUAACAACAGAGCCACCUGUCCGAUUUAAGCAACCACUUAAUGACUUGCAAGUAUGGGAGAGAGACUUGGCUGUUCUUGAGUGUGAAGUUCCUGAGGACUCUGUUCCAAUCACGUGGUACUUAGAAGACAGACGACUACAGCCUGGAGCCAAAUAUGGGAUGGAGGAGUGGGGGACAAAGCGACGACUCACAAUUCGUGAUAUUGCAGUUGAUGACGAUGGGAUAUAUCUCUGUGAGAUGGCUGAUGGGGGCAGAAGCAUUGCUGAGGUAGCAGUCAAAGGUACCAUUGUAAGAAAGCUGCCACGAAAAGUUGACGUUCUGGAGGGGGAAAAUGCAGCCUUCUGUGUGGAAGUGGAGGAGGAGGAAAUGGACAUUCAUUGGUACAAAGAUGGAACAGAACUAAGGGAGACCCAUCAGACCAUUCUCAAAUCCUUUGGAAGGACACACAUCUUGGUUUUUGUCAACACCACACCACAAGACUCUGGUAGGGUCAUGUUCUAUGUGGGUAGAUCGAAGACGUCAUCGCAGCUACGAGUGAAAGCUGCAAGGCACUGUCCACCAAGCUGUCCUAUCGGGGUACAGAUAAACACAGAACGAGCAAAUGCAGCUCUCCUUUCCUGGUUUCCAGCACAAGACUCUCGGAAGAAUCCACCUUCAGGGUAUAUAAUUGAGAGGCAAGAGGUUGGCUCACAGGAGUGGCUGCAGUGUUUGACCACAGACUCUGCAACCUCAGUGGAGAUUCUUGGUGACAGCGUUCCAUGCGAGGCAGACUACAGAUUUCGGAUAUGCAGUGUCAACAAAUAUGGAAGGAGUGGGAAUGUAGAGUUUCCUAGAGAAGUUCACCUUGUCCCAGUUGCCAGAAUCCAAGCACCUCUACAAGACGCUUUAGUGCCAGAGGGCCAGGAUGCCUGCUUUACCAUUGAACUCUCUGCCUCAGUUAUAGGCACUUGGUUCUUAAAUGGAAAUCAGCUUCAAGACGAUGAUCGUUUCUCCAUAAGGCGUUCGCGUACACACCAGUCCCUACGCAUUCGUGGGGUACGGGACACAGACAACGGAUCAGAGAUCACCUUCAUUGCCUACGGAAUUCGAGAUUCUGCUGCUUUGUAUAUACAAGCUCCACUGGUAAAAUUCACUCCACUUUCUGAAAUGGAUCGAAACAAAUUUGUGGAGGUUGGCAACCCUAUUGUGCUCUACUGUGAGCUGUCAGACCCUGAGGCUCCAGUUCGUUGGUAUAAGAAUGGUGUUGAACUUCAAUCAAUGGAAGGUCUGCACAUCCAAUCAGAGGGAACAAUGAGGAGGAUUGUCAUCCAGACAGCUGAUUUCUCCCACUCAGGAGUUUAUAGUUGUGAUGCUAUUGAUGACGUCAUCAGGUUUAACGUGGAGGUUGAGGCUCCACCGGUGAGGUUCUCCGUUCUUCCGGAGGAUGAGAGGAACAAGUCCAUUGAAGCAGGCUCACCGAUAGUACUGCAAUGUGAGCUCUCAGAUCCACUCACCCAGGUCUCCUGGUAUAAAGAUGGUGUGAAGCUUCUACCACAAAGUGGACUAGACUUCAGGUCCAAGGGCACAAAGAGGCAACUGAUUGUCCAGUCAGCUGAAUUUUACCACUCAGGGGUGUACAGCUGCAAGACAAGGGGUGAUGCUGUACACUUCAAUGUGGAUGUUAAAGCCCCACCUGUGAGGUUCUCUGCUGUCCCUGAGGUUAAGCGGAGAAAGUGCAUUGAAGCAGGCUGCCCCAUUGUUCUGCAGUGUGAGGUUUCAGACUCUACUGCACAGGUCCAGUGGUACAAAGAUGGGGAUCAGCUCCUUGUAGAAUCUGGAGUAGACUUCAAAUCAGAUGACUGCAUGAGAACACUCAGUAUUCAAUCAGCACACCCGUCUCAUGCCGGUGUGUACAGCUGCACAACAAAGGAUGAUGUCAUCAAGUUUCAUGUGGAGAUACGAGCUGCACCGGUGAGGUUCUCAGCUGUUCCUGAAGCUGAGACGAAUAAAUGCAUUGAAGCUGGUGGCCACUUUGAACUUCACUGUAAGGUCUCAGACCCUACAGCCCAAGUCAGCUGGUUCCACAACGAUACGCAGCUUCAGCCAGAGACUGGUUUGGAUAUUCAGUCAGAGGGAGAUGUAAGGAAAAUGGUAGUCAAUCCAGCUGAGCCCAGUCAUUCUGGAUUGUACCGCUGUGAAUCAUCUGACGACUCUGUCCAGUUCACUGUGGAUAUCAAAGAUCCACCGGUGAUGUUCUCAGCAUUACCAGACACAGUGAAGAACCAGCUUGUUGAAGCAGACUACUCCACUGAUUUGCACGGUGAGAUCUCAGGUCCAAAUGCCAAUGUGUGUUGUUACAAGGAUGGUGUAGAGCUCGUCUCAAAAAGUCAGCCUCAUAUCAAAUCGGAGUGUACCAGGAGGACGUUAGCUGUCAAGACAGCACAGCCCUCUAACUCUGGAUGGUACGACUGUGUGAGAACUGGUGAUGUCAUCCAGUUUAAUGUACAAGACCAAGUGCCACCACCAACAUUUUUGGCUGAUCCUGAAGUUGAGAAGACCAAAUGCACUGAAGAAAUGGAACCUGUUGCACUACAUUAUGAAAUUUCAGAUACCACUCCAUAUGUCAGCGAGACACAAGAAGAGAAGGUCAUGCCUUCUCAAUCUGAACCUAAAUUUAAACCUGAUUUGGAACUUGAAUCCAAAUCUGAAUCUGAACCUGAAGUUCACUCAGACGCAUCCAGAGGAACUGUAAUCAUCCACACACCAGAGACAUCUCUUUUCGAAGUAAACAGCCAAAAGACACCAGAUGAUCCCAUCCCGUUUGAAAUGGACCAAGCAGAACUGUCUCACUAUGAAGUGUUCAGUGGUGAGACCUAUGAUGACUCUGUCCAGUGCACUGUGGAUAUAAAAGAAGAGUUCCUGAGAACAUCAGGAACUGAGGCUGAGAUCAGAUCUGAAAAAGAGAACAACAAUCUCUCAGCGGAAAGAUCUGGAGAAGAGAUUCAGUGGGAUACCCCAGUGUCUGUACCUACAACCUUCAGAUUGAUUGAAGAGGAACAACAGCCACAACCAAUGCUACAGCUACAACCAAUGCUACAACCACAGCUACAACCAAUACUACAACCAGAACUACAACCAAUGCUACAGCCACAGCUACAACAAAUGCUACAACCACAACUACAACCAAUGAUACAACCAAUGCUACAGCCACAGCUACAACCAAUGCUACAACCACAGCUACAACCACAGCUACAACCAGAGCUACACCCACAGCUGCAACCACAACUACAAACAAUGCUACAACCACAGCUGCAACCAGCAAACCAGAUAAAUACUUCAGUUUCUGAAGAUGAAGGCUCAAAUCACAUCACAAGACAAGAGAGUGACAUGGAUCAAGAUGUCUUAGCUUUUAAGGUGGAUGUUGAAGCCUCGAGGACAAAUUCCACACCCGUUUGUGGAAUGGAUGAGAACAUUGAUGCAGACUGUUCCAGUGUACUGCUAACUGAGAAAUCCGACCACACAAUCCAAGAAAAACCUAUAUCCUGCCAAGAAGAUGAGACAACCGUAAUAUUCAAUAAACCUACAACACAGAAAGAGCUCAUCCAGUCAUCAGAGAUGUGUUUGCAAGAAGCAUAUGAGACUGUUACCAAGGAUGAAUUUGUUGUACAUCAAGAGGAAGUGAAAGAACCUUGUCAUAAAGCAGAAUUCUUUACACUACCACCAGAAGAUGAAGUUGUCAGACCCAUUGAAGGUGAUUCUCCAGUUCACUGUUACAAGGACAGAAUGCAGUUCUACUCUGAAAAUGGACAUACGCUUGAGGAAAGUGUGCGAAGACUGAAUGUUCCAGUUAUAGGCUUGGGUCAAUCAGGCGUAAACAACUACAAGGCAAAGAAUGAUGACAUAAUAUUUAAGGUGGAUGUCAAAGGUCACAGCGGAACAUACAGCUGCCAGACAAACAAUGAUGCCAUCUCAUUCCAUGUGGAAAUCAAAGCUCCAUCCCUGAAGUUCAUGCCAAUUUCAGAAGUGGAGAAGAACAAGUCCACUGAAGUAGACUCACCAAAUGUUCUGAAAUGUGAUCUAUCAGACGCUACCACAGAGGUGCUCUGGUGCAAAGAUGGUAGAGAGCUGGUCCCAAACCCUGGGCUCAAUUUCCAAACAGAUGGAAAUAUGAGGAAACUAACUGUUCAAUCAGCAGAGCUGUCUGAUACUGGAAACAACACCUGUCAUGCUCCAGGUGAUACUGUAUCAUUCAAGGUGGACGUUCAAGCACACCCUGUUAGGUUCUCAGCACUCCCAGAAAUUGCGAGGAACAAGUUUAUCGAAGCAGGCUGUCCCAUUAUACUUCAGUGUGAAAUCUCAGACCCUACUGCCCAAGUUUCCUGGCUCAAAGAUGGAGUCGAACUCCUACAAGACAGUGGGCUUGACAUCCAGUCAGAGGGCACUAUGAAGAGAAUGAUCAUCAAAUCAGCUGAGCUCAAAAACUCAGGCGUGUACAGCUGUGAGGCUGUAGAUGAUCGCAUAGCAUUCAAGGUGGAUGUUGCAGCUCCACCAGCGAUGUUCUCAGCUGUUCCUGAGAUUGAGAAGAGCAAGUCCGUUGAAGCAGGCUGGCCAAUCAUUCUCCAAUGUGAGAUAUCUGAUCCUACAGCCCUGGUCCAAUGGUACAAGGAUGGAUUACAGCUCCUACCUCAAUCUGGGGUUUACAUCCAAUCACAGCACACCAUAAGGACACUGGUUAUCCAAUCAGCAAAUGUAUCCCACUCUGGGUUUUACAGUUGUAAUACUGCUGAUGAUAUCAGCGAAUUUUUUGUGGAUGUUAAAGCACCUCCUGUGACAUUUGCCUACAUACCAGAAGAUGAUCUGCACAGAAAUAUUGUGGAACAAGACAAUCUACUCCUUUGCUGUCAAGUGUCCAGGUCAGAUGCUACUGCACAAUGGUACAAGGAUGGAGUAGAGCUAAAGCCUAGUGACAACAUCCUCAUAGAGGCAGAAAACACUAUACGAAGGCUGAUCGUCCUGUCAGCUCAACUCUCAGAUUCUGGGACGUACACCUGUCGUGCUGGAGAUAGUGCAUUAAUAUUUAAAGUUAACGUAAGAGAACCUCCAGUGAUGAUUGUAUAUCCCAAGGAAGAUGUCCACCUUGAUCGCUAUGUUCCCGAAGAAAUUGUCCUCAGCUGUGAACUUUCACGGCCAAAUGGAAAGGUGACAUGGUUCAAGGAUGGACAGAAACUACAGGAGAGUGAAAACAUAAAGCUAAAGUCAGAGGGUCCGUACAGACGUCUAAAAAUUCUGCGCAGUGGUGUUGAGGACUCAGGAGAAUAUGUCUGUGACACAGCUGAUGAUUCAAUAUUCUUCAAUCUAAACAUUAAAGAACCACCGGUGCGCAUAGUUUCUCCAAGCCAGUCCCAAAUGGAACUUUGCCAACAGACUUCUGAGAGGAUGGUCCUGAGCUGUGAAAUCUCUAGACCAAACGCCACUGUACGUUGGUAUCGAGAUGGACUUGAAGUGGAGGAGAGUGACAGCCUAAUUCUGGAGGUUGAUGGUGUCUAUAGGAGACUUAUUAUCCCAAAACCUACCGUCAAAGACUCUGCAGAAUAUGUCUGUGACACUGCUGAUGACUCAGUGACCUUCUUUGUAAACAUCGCAGAGCCACCAGUUAGAUUUAUUCGGCCAAGGAAAAUGGCCUAUGGAGUAGAGAAACUUGUUGGAGACAUUGUGGUUCUUGAGUGUGAAGUGUCUCGACCAAAUGCUGAAGUUAGUUGGAAGAAGGAUGCAGAAGAGAUUGAGGAGAACAGCAACAUAACUAUCACAGAGGAUGGAACAAGUCGACAGUUAACCAUUCACUCUACAGCUUUUGAAGAUGCAGGGCAAUAUAUCUGUGAUGCUAGAGAUGAUGUGAUGGAUUUCCUAGUGAAAAUCAAAGAUCCACCACUAAAAAUUCUGCGGAAAGCUGACAUAGAAUCAAAACGCAGAUUUGUAGUAUCUGAUGCCAUUGUGUUAAAAUGUGAGAUCUCAAGACCAAAUGGGGUGGUCAGUUGGCUUAAAGACAAUGAGAAGAUUGAGGGAAAUGAGCAGUUUAUCUGUGAAGAGGAAGGGACAUUCAGAUCCCUAAUUGUCCUGAGCGCUGAGUUGAAGGACUCAGGGGAGUACAUAUGUGAUGCACAAGAUGAUAAAGUUGUCUUCAGUGUUACUGUAGAAGAGGCUCCAGUGUCUAUUGUUGGAAAUUCAGAGAAGCCAGAACACCACAUUUUAAUGACAGGAGAUGAGCUUAUCCUGGAAUGUGAGGUAUCUCAAGUAAAUGCUAUAGUCCAGUGGUACUUCAAUGGACGUUUACUGCAAGAGGAUUCACGCACACACAUUGAAAGCAGAGACACAACGAGGAAGCUUGUGAUAUCAGAACUUCAGACAUCCAACUCUGGAGAGUAUCUUUGCGAUGCCAUUGAUGACAAAAUGACAACUAGACUAACAGUUCAAGUACCACCAUUCAAAUUUAUCAAAAAAGAUGAAAGAACAAAUAUUUCAGCCUAUGAAGAAGACAGUGUGACACUACGUGCCACUGUUAACAGGGUCAAUGCCCCAGUUAUAUGGCAGAGAGGCCAUGAUCCAGUCAGAGGUGAUCGUUUCCACACAACAAGUGAUGGUAACACCCACUACCUCACUAUUAACCCACUUAAGAGAAGUGAUACUGGAGAAUACACGUGUCAUGUGGGAUCUGACGAGAUGCAUUUCAGUGUCCAUGUUAAAGCAAUGAAAGUGAAAUUCUCCAAACCACUAGAAAACGUAGUGGGACUCAAAGGUAGUGAUGUGGUUUUAAAAUGUGAACUGUACAAGUCAAAAGGGGAUGUUCAGUGGCUUAAGGGCAGCCAAGAGAUUGCACCAAACAGACAUUUUACAAUCAGAGCUGAGGGUCGAGUGAGAAGCCUGACAAUACAUGAUGUCACAGAAGAGGAUGCAGGAGAGUAUGCUUGUGAAUCUAAAGAUGAAAGGACAUCAGCAACUGUAGUGGUCAACAUUCCUCGCAUUGUGGAGUUUAUUGCAGAGCUACACAACAUAACUGUCAUGGAAGGAGAAGACGCAAUAUUUAAGUGUGUGGUAUCUCCAGAGGAUGCAAAGUUGGCCUGGUUUAAGAAUGGCCAACCAAUUUCAUCAAAUGAGAAGUUCGACAUCUCAAGUAAUGGAUUAUGCCAUAUGCUGCAUAUCAACAACUGCCAAGUCUCAGAUAGCUGCAAGUUGACAGCCGAGGCUGAAGGUGUGAUUUCCAGAGCUAUCCUACAGGUCCAAGAGGCACAGGUGCUUUUCACGAAGAGCAUGGACCCGGUGGUUGCAGAGGAGUUUGGUGAGGCAACACUUGAGGUGGAGGUCAGCCUUGAGACUGCGGAGGUGCAGUGGAUGAGACAAGGAGUGGUUAUACAUCCAGGGUCCAAAUUCACCCUGAAGCAGAAUGGCCAAAAACGUUCUCUCACAAUCCACAAACUCACCCUUUCAGACCGCGGCACCUACAGCUGUGAAACGCUUCAUGACCGCACACGAGCCAAGCUCACUGUGGAACCACGAAAAAUCAAGAUUCAGAAAGGUCUAACUGAGAUCCAGACUUACGAACGAGAGACGGCUUCUUUUGAGGUGGAGCUGUCACAUGGCAAUGUGGAUGGUGUGUGGCAGAAGGAUGGGCACAUUCUCAAAAACAACAACCGCUUGCGUAUGACUGCAAAAGGACGAGUACACAGCCUAACCAUCUCCAACCUGACCUUGGAUGACACUGGCACCUACAUAUUCUAUGUUGAGAACAUCAGAUCACUAACAAGAUUGGAAGUUAAAGAAAUUCCAGUAUCAAUUCUGAAAAAGCUCGAGGAUAUCAGGCAACCAGAAGGAUCUGGCGUAACCCUUGAAUGUGAGCUCUCACGCCACAACGUGGAUGUCAAGUGGACAAAGAAUGAAGUUCAGCUUAAACCAGGAAAAAAUCAUCGCAUUUACUUGAUGGGAAGAAAGUGCUUUCUACAGAUACUGAAGUGUGAGCUGGGAGACUCUGGUUUAUAUGUGUGUGAUGCUGGGGAUGCCACUACCUCCUGUUCAGUGGAUAUCUAUGAGAGGGAGCUUGAGAUACUACAAAGCUUAGAGGAUCUGGAUAUUCAAGAAGGUCAGAAUGCAGUGUUCAUGUGUGAAGUGUCCCUGGACGAUGUGCCCAGAGAGUGGUUUAAGAAUGGCGAGAAGAUCAAACCAACCAGCACCAUUAAGAUUCGUCAGGAAGGGACAAAGCACUUCCUCCUUAUAUGCAAUGUCAAAGAAGACGAUUCUGGAGAGAUCAAGUUUGUUGCCAAGAAUGUUGAGACUACAGCUUACCUUGAGGUGGAAGCACUACCAGCAAACAUUGUGAAACCACUUCAGGACAAGACUGCUCUGGAAAAAACCCGCGUCAUACUGGACUGUACUGUGACCAAUCCGCGUUGCAGCAUUCGCUGGUAUAAGGGACCGAAUGUCAUCCUGCCCUCAGAGCGCUUUGAGAUCUGCAGUGAAGGGUGCUAUCGAAAACUUGUGAUUCAGCAGGUGUUGCUAGAAGAUGAGGGCACCUACAGUGUCCAAGUUGGAAACUACACAUCUUCAGCAAAACUAACUGUUGAAGCUCUGUCAGUCCUAAUGGUGAGAGAGCUGCAGGACGUGGAUGUGACAGCUCCUGCAGAUGCAUGCUUUGAAUGUGAAGUCUCUUUGCCUGUGGCCAAGGCACCUACCUGGACCCUGAAUGGGGAGACACUGCAUCCUGGUCCUAAAGUUGUGGUGGAGAAAAUGGGAACCAUUCAUAGGCUCAUUCUCAAACAAACAUCCGAAGACAUGAGUGGCACAGUGUGCUUUAUCACAGGGAGAGUCAAAAGCACUGCACAUCUGCAAGUCAUAAGUAACCACUGAGAAACAACACAUAAGCACUUACAGUGCAUAAUGCUCAACUACGCCACUAUUUAAAUACAAAAAUACCAAAUUAAAUUAUGAAACUAUUAACUGUUUUAAUGUGUCUGAAAGAGAUAGGUCUAUCUUUCAUUUAUUUGAAAUGCAAAUUUAUUAUGCUGUUUUACAUAUCAUAUCCUGCUCUUCAUGGUUUACCAUUCAUUGCAUAAUAAUUUUUAAGUUUUUCUAAAUUUAUGAUCAAGCACAUUGUGCUUUAUAGGCUACACAAAAAAUGAACAACACCAGGCCAGACACCCAGACAUGUAAUUCACCCAUGUUGUUACUGCUUAAAUUUCUUGCACAGUAAUUUGGUAUUUAAUUUUGAAAUUUGUGUACUACUGUAUAUCCUUGUAUAGAUAUCCUUUGUGUUGUUUUUUUAAUUCUUGUUUUGUGGGAUGCAGAUUAAAGUGAGGUUAAGGCGAAAUAAAAAUU